GGGCUGGGGAUGUGGCUCAAGCGGUAGCACGCUCGCCUGGCAUGCGUGCGGCCCGGGUUCGAUCCUCAGCACCACAUACAAAUAAAGAUGUUGUGUCUGCCAAAAACUGAAAAAUAAAUAUUGAAGUUCUCUCUUUCUUAAAAAAAAAAAAAAUGGUUGAUCACUGGGAGACCUCAGGGACAGACUGAUGGACAGACUGACGCUUAAGUGAAGACAAAAGGAUAGGAACUAAAGGACAGGGGAAGCCAGAAAACUUUAAAGAGGAGUGAUACUAUGUGCAUGUGUUGUAUGUGUGUGUACAUUUUUAAAAAAUUUAACCUGAGUUUCCUGGCAUGCAGUUUCAGGAGUACUUGGAAUCUCCAAAGUGAUAAAUGCCUUUUGUAUGCUAAUGAGUUUACUGGUGGCUGGCAGCCCCUAUGUAGCUAUGAGAUGGGGGCUGGUCACCAGAAAAUCCAAGGUAGGAUUACUGUUGGGACUUUCAGCCCUACCCUUCUGUCUUUGGGGGAGGGGAGAAAGGCUGAAGGUUAAAUUGAUCUUCAGUGGCCCUUGAUGCCUAUGAUACGCAAAUCAGUCUAUGUAAUGAAACCUACAUAAAAGCCCAAAAGGACAGAUUUUUGAUAGCUGAGGUUUUUGAAGGGUUGUUUGCCCAGAAAAGGUCUUGGAAUUUUCUUACUCCUUCCCACAUACCUUGCCCUGUGCUUCCCAUUUGGUGCUCAUCGAUAUCCUUUAUAAUAAAUUAGAUGUGGUUUCCAUAACAAAUUAAUUGGUUCUAAGAAGGGGGUUGUGGGAAUCCUGAUUUGUAGCCAUUCAGUUGGAAGUACAGGUAAAACAAGCUGCAGCUUUCAAUUAGCAUUGGCAUUGGGGCGCAGUCUGGGAUUGAGCAUUCAAUCUGUAGCAUUGAAGCCAGAUUUAAAAUUAGGUAGUCAGUGUAGUUAGGUAAAUCGAGUCUAAUAUCUAGUGAAAUCUAAAUGGAGGCCAUGUUGAGAAUGAAUUCCAGAAAAGUUGAGCAACUCUCCUGGAAUGUUAAGGAAGUCCAGGAAAAAGUCCAAGGCCAAAGUCCAUCCCAAAGAAAUGUUAAUGAACAGCAAACUUGAAGAUGCUGACUCGGAAGUGCCCACCUGUGUCCCACUUCUCGGGCCUUCCCACCUACAUUCCAUCACUGAAAGAAACUAUAAAAUGGAGAGACAACCGCACUUCCAUCUUUUGGGUCCCCUUCUUCCUCCUGGAGAAGUCUUUUCUGCUGUCCUUUAAUAAACUUCUAAUUUCUACUCUGACCUUGCCGCGGCAUGCUUCUAUGGUGUUAUUCUUCAACAUUGGGGAAGCAAGGACUCGUCACCGGUCAACAGCGGUAACAGCAUCUGACCCUAUCUUCAGUUUUAUCAACAGACUGCAGUUUCUUCAGUCAAAAUGACAUCAUAUUCCACCUCUGCCCAGUGUUCAACAUCUGAUAGUGCUUGCAGGAUCUCUCCAGAACGAGUCAAUAAGGUACGACCAAAAUUGCCACUUUUGAAGAUUUUGCAGGCAGCAGGUGCAGAAGGUGAAAUGUUCACUGUUAAAGAGGUAAUGCACUAUCUAGGCCAGUAUAUAAUGGUGAAGCAGCUUUAUGAUCAACAGGAGCAGCAUAUGGUUUAUUGUGGUGGAGAUCUUUUGGGAGAACUACUGGGACGUCAGAGCUUCUCCGUGAAAGAUCCAAGCCCUCUCUAUGAUAUGCUAAGAAAGAAUCUUGUCACUUUAACCACUGCUGCUACAGAUGCUGCUCAGACUCUCGCUCUCGCACAGGAUCACAGUUUGGAUAUUCCAAGUCAAGACCAACCGAAGCAAAGUGCAGAGGAAAGUUCUAAUUCCAGGAAAAGAAUUGAAGAGGGUGAUAUUCCCGCACUGCCUACCUCAGAGCAUAAAUGCAGAAAUUCUAGAGAAGAUGAAGACUUGAUAAAUUUAAGCCAAGAUGAGACAUCUAGGUUGGACCUUGGGUUUGAGGAGUGGGAUGUAGCUGGCCUGCCUUGGUGGUUUUUAGGAAACUUGAGAAACAACUAUACACCUAGAAGUAAUGGCUCAACUGAUUUACAGACAAAUCAGGAUAUAGGUACUGCCAUUGUUUCAGAUACUACAGAUGAUUUGUGGUUUUUAAAUGAGUCAGUUUCAGAGCAGUUAGGUGUUGGAAUAAAAGUUGAAGCUGCUGAUACUGAACAAGCAAGUGAAGAAGUAGGGAAAGUGAGUGACAAAAAGGUGAUUGAAGUGGGGAAAAAUGAUGACCUUGAGGACUCUAGGUCCUUAAGUGAUGAUACUGAUAUAGAAGUUACCUCUGAGGAUGAGUGGCAGUGUACUGAAUGCAAGAAAUUUAAUUCUCCAAGCAAGAGGUACUGUUUCCGUUGCUGGGCCUUGAGGAAGGAUUGGUAUUCAGAUUGUUCUAAAUUAACACAUUCUCUCUCCACAUCUGACAUCACUGCCGUGCCUGAAAAGAAGGAAAGUGAAGGAAUUGAUGUCCCUGAUUGCCGAAGAACUGUUUCAGCUCCAGUUGUUAGACCUAAAGCUGUAUCUAUAAAGGAAGGAAAUUCUAAACUUUUAAAUCCCUGCAACUCAGUGGAAUUCUUGGAUUUGGCUCACAGUUCUGAAAGCCAAGAGACCAUCUCAAGUAUGGGAGAACAAUCAGAUAACGUCUCUGAGCAGAGAACAGAUGUAGAAAAUAUGGAGGAUUGCCAGAAUAUCUUGAAGCCAUGUAGCUUGUGUGAGAAAAGACCACGAGACGGGAAUAUUAUUCAUGGAAGGACAAGCCAUCUUACGACUUGUUUUCCCUGUGCCAGAAGACUAAAGAAGGCUGGGGCUUCAUGUCCUAUUUGCAAGAAAGAGAUUCAAUUAGUUAUUAAGGUUUUUAUAGCAUAGUUGAAUCAAUUGCAAAGAAAUAUUAAUUAGGAGCACCAGGUCACGUAUGGAAACAUCAGUAUUGACUAUCUCUACUAAGUGUAACCCAUUUUAUAUGUUCAUUUGUACAUGUAAACAUCUGUGUUUUGGAUUGUUUUUGCUUUGAAGCUUAUAUGGAACUUAAGACUAUUUUAGAGCUAGAUUUUAGAGCUAGAUGAUCAGUUUGGGGGCUUCAUCAAUGUGAAAAGAUACAUAAAAGUCACUCAAUUCUCCCUCCAAAGAUGAAGAUCUGGGAGGGAACAGUUACCAGUAUAAACAUAAAUAUUCAUUCAUUCAUGUAUCAGAUUAUUUGAAGAUUAACCCUUUUUAAAAUUUUAUUCCCUAGCCUUCUAUUUAAUGUUGUUCUGGAGUCAAAAUUCAAGGUAGUUAUUAGAAAAAUACUAGGAUUAACGAUGAAAAAAACAAAUAAUCUGAUUAGUUAAUAAUGUCUAUUUUAUUCUGCUGUCCUUCCAUUCUCCCCUUCUCCUCCCCUUUAGUUCUAAAAGAGACAAGAUCUCAUUGUGUUGCCCAGGCUGGCCUCCAGCUCAUGAUCCUCCUGCCUUAAGUUUUCUAAGUAGUUAGGUUUAUAGGCAUGUGCCACUGCACAUCACUUAAACUAGGUGCAAUGGUUAUCAAAUAUUUGGCUAACACAAAUAGAAACAGAAAGUAGAUAAAUUUUUGCACAUUUAAAAAAUCUAGAUAUAAUUACAUAAUGAAAUGUUCCCUUUGGGUGAGUUUUAAAAAUCUGAGUAAUUGCACAAAGCCCUGCGUUCAGUCCCCAGCACCACACACACACACACACACACACACACAAAAAUGGUCAUCACCACUCUAAACAUGUUGUAGGAUACUCCUCUCACUGCAAAAUAUUUACUUUUGAGACAGUCCUUUAACCAUUUCAUCGUUCUCUCCCAGAAUAGUUUUCCUUUUGCACAUUUUUAAUAUGAGAUCUCAAUUUUUAAAAUUUAAAAUUACACAGGGUAUACCUACCAUCUUAGUAUAUUGUAUAUUAUAUGUACACUUCAGAAAUAUUUUUGUCAAAGUUUUGGAGCUAUAAAUUUAGCAGAUUAAAUUUAUAGAAAAGUACUGUCACAUGAACUGGCAAAAUCUAUCAUUUUAAGAUUGAUGAGCCAAAUCACAUGAAACUUUGAGUCAGAAAAUGUUGUAAUUCAGAUAAAUAUAUGAGCGUAUAUCUGGCACAGCCUUCUCAGUGAUAAGUUGUGUCUUUUUUUGUUUCCCUGUGGUACUGGGGAUUGAACCCAGGGCUUUGUGCAUUCAAGACAAGCACUCUACCAACUGAGCUAUAUCCCUAGCCCUUGGUGAUUAGUUUUUAAAAAGAAAAGGCACAAAAUUUUUUAACCAAAGCUCCCCUUGCUUUGCUUUCUUGUAUUCAUUUUCUCUUAGGAGCCUUCCAGGGUUUUUUUAGUCUCUUUGUACCUCUGGAGUUGUUCAUACCUCAGGGCAAAGACCUAAAGUAAGAUUAGCGUGAGAGAAUUAGGGAGUAUGACAGUUGUAAAAAGGGAAGUAGUUCAAGAAAAAUGAAUAUCUCUAAAUCUCUUUAGUCACCUUAAGUCACAUCAGGUUUAGGACAAUACAUGUAGACACUGAAGAUUUUCAAGUUGAUUUCCUUAUUACCAUACAUAUAUCAUCAUACACAGUAAAAUCUUGAUGUAUCCUCAGGGAUAGGAAUACAUCAUUUUGCAAAUGAACUUGGGGACCAAAAAAAUCACCUGGUUACUUAUUAAAGUACCCAAAUUCCCAGAGACGGAGCUCUGAGGUCUGGGCCAUUUAAACAAAUAUUCUUGGAGACUUUGAUUCAAGUUUUCUUGAGUACUCUAGUGGAAGCCCCGCCCCAGGAGGGCUUUUAUUUCCUGUUCUUGUAGGUUCAAAACAGGAAGUAGGCAGCACAAGAUCCCUUUAUCAUAUUAGUUUCUAGAAGGGAAGUUUUCUUAAAAUUUUUUAGAAAUUAUUUUUAAGUAUACAUUUUUUAGUUGUAGGUGGGCACAAUUUUUUUUAAUUUUUAUGUGGUGCUAAAGAUUGAACCCAGUGCCUCGCACAUGCUAGGCGAGCACUGUACCACUUUAGCCACAGUUUCUGAAUUUUAAGACUGAUGUAUUCAGUCCCUCUUACUUUGCACAUGAAGCCAAAUGAUAAAGCUGAUGAUUGGGGGUUACUAGAGUCCAAGUCUCAUGACUAGCAAAUCUUAAAAAUACCUGUUAACUUUUGGUAAAUAUUUUAAAGAGUGGUACUUGUUGAAUUUGGGACAAGUAAUAACCUUAAAAUAUAUAUCUUCUAAUGUUUUUAGAGACUCUGAUUUACAGCCAAAAUGAGACUUUAGAAAGAAUAAAGAUUUUUAACAUUUCUCCCAAAAGAAAGACCUGGUAAAUGUCAGGCUUAGCGAAAUCAGAAAACUGCUCCCACUGUGAGAAAAGUAAAGGUAACAGAGGGACUCUGAACCAUUUUCUCUAGGUAUUAUUUUUUCCUGGGAACUGAAGCUCAAGUGUGGUGUGCUCUCUGCAUUUAGGGAUGUUAGUUUUCCCCCUAGUAAGUAAAGCUUACUUACUAAAUGUUUUGUUAGAACAUUGUGAAUGUUGUAAAAUUUUAGAAAAUUUCAUCUCUGUCCCUCCCUCUAUACUUACUUUGUAAAGUUUGAUAGCUCUCCAUUUUUUUUGGAUUUUUGCCAGUCAGAUGCUUUCGUAACUUAUAAAUCAGAACUGAAGAUCUGUAGUUGUGCCCUGUAAUCCACUUAUAUAACUUGCAGUUUUUUGUAAGACUUAAAUGAGAGAAGAACUACACAUUUAUUUAUUUUUGUAUAUUUAUUAUGCUAAUUUUGGUACAUUCAUACUCAAGACUUACUCCUGAGUCCACUCAGUUUCCUUCCUUUUUCCUCAGCUGGGGUUUUCACUGCCUUUUCCACUCCCCCAAACCCCAGCACCAAGUACUUUACUUACAGAAUCCAAGGUAUGUUUUCAUUUUCUUUAGUUUUUGUUUUGCAGUGUUAGGGGUCUGUGUUUGAGCCAAACUUCCUGUUUACCUGCAGAAAACUAAACUAUCUUAAUUUAUUUCUGAUUUUGUUUUUUCAUUGCCUCUAAAGCAAAGGUAUAGUUUGUGAAAUCUUUUAGAAUUAACUAAAAGAUAGACCCUUCAUCUUUUAGUUGUGUCUAUGGGGACGUAGGCUCUGCUUUUUUGGAGGUAGCACCAGUUUUCCCUUAUCUUUCAGCAUCCUACUUCUGGUUUGUCUCCAUCUCUCCCCUUUCACUUUUCAAAUGUCGUCUUGGGCAUUCAAUUACAAGAUCACUAAUCUUGAUUAUUAGGAAGGAGCUUUUAAAAUAAAUAUAAAAUAAAUAACAGUAUAGUUUAGUGUUUUCUGCUGCACAAUGCCAUAAGACAUUAAUGAAAUCACAGCAUCUAAUUUUUUCUUUUAGUGCUUAAUCAGACUCUGAUAAUCUAUGCCAAGUUUUUAAGCUGGUAUUACUAUUUCUUUAUAGUCCAUCUGAAGAUAUCAUAUCAUGUCUGAUCAUAGGCUGAAACAGUAGAACCAAGUUCGGCCUUCAAACUGCCAUAGACUUGUGUAAUUUAAGAUUGAAUCACUGCCAAGUUUUUGAGAUAAUAUUGGGGUCUAGUUAUAAUUUGUGUAUAUUUAGAUGUAUGUAAUAUGUAGAAUGUUCCUUGGUUUGGAUGAGUUCUUUUUUUUAUUUUAUUUUUUAUUGUGGUGCUGAGGAUCAAACCCAGUGCCUCACAUGUGUGAGACAAGCGCUCUGCCACUGAGCCACAACCCAGCUCCUGGAUGAGUAUAUUUAAAGGUAAAGAUCCUUGUGACAGCUUUUUGAGUAUAUCAAUUCAAUGCCACGUUGGCUCCUUUGAAAAGUAAUUAAUAAGAAGUUGAUGAAUGUUUUUGGGUUCUAUAAAGCUGUUGUAAUGACACCUCUUGGUAUACUUUAGAAAAGAGGAAACUUGCUGACCACCUGUUUGGAUUUUGUUUCCACAGAGCUAUGUGAACUUCUGAAAGUAUGUGGCUUUAGAUACUGUGAAUUUUUUGUUUUCUGUUUAACCCUUUUUGUGCCUAAAUUGUUCAGACUUACAAAGAAUAAUUUUGAUGAUCCUUCCCAUGCUGAGUGUAUAGGUACAUGCACACAUACCAUGUCAAGACUGAUGCUGCCUUUGCUACAAGUGGUUGUAGAUAAAGAGCUAGUUGUAUUUAAAAUCUACACUUCAAAGAACCUGCAAGCUCUCCCUGUGCCAAAAUUAAAAUGUACAGUGUUUACAAAUGUUUGGAAUUUUGCACUGCCAUAGAGAAUGGUGAGUUUACUUUGCUGGAUUUUCUGAUUUGUGAGUAGAUGAGCUAUAGUUUAGCAUAGGAGGGGAAAUUUUGAGCAUCCUAAGGCCAAACUGGAAAUGAGUAUCUGAGACAGUUGUGAAAGUGGUUUCCUAGACCGAAUUUGGGGACAAUUUUUCCUUACUGUUUUGAGAUGUCAUUUGUGUUGGCAAAGCUCUCCUUAUUGUCCUUGCUAUAUUCAUUUAUAGACAACACCAAAUCUCCCCUCCUGUGGGAGAAUGUGAAAUAAGCAUUUUGAAGUCUUCUGAUGUAAUGAAUGUGCAAUUUCAUGUAAUGCUAUUAUUGGUGAAUGGGGCUUUGUUAAAAUUAUUGCAGUAAACCUACCUUUUAGAUUUACUGGACCUCCAGUAGCCUUUUGAAUGACUGAAAAUGUUAGAAAUAGUCAUAUCUGUAUAAAGGAGUGAUUUAUGUUUCUUGGUAGCCUAUCUGAAAUCAUGAAGCCACCUCACUUGCAGGUAGUCAUUACUCCCACUUAGGGUCUUCAUUAAGUGCUCUCUGGUUACCCAUUUCUUCAGGUAGAAAGGUCAAGGCCCUUAAAAGGGCCAAAUAGUGUUGUCAAAGCAAUUCUUUUCUCAGAGCAGUUCUGUAAUUGGGCAAAUGCUUUAUUGAAAAUUGGCAUUGUCGUUAUAACACAUGAGAGUUAGCAGCACAUUUAAUUUCUUACCCAAAGGCAUUUUUGUGUUUUAACAGUAAGUACUUUGUUUUCAACAGACAUUUCCACUUCCUUCCACCCUCACACUGUUGCUCUUAAGUCCUCUUAAAGUUAUCUGUUUUGGGAUGUUGCUUUUAUACAGAGGCCUUGUGUGUCACUCUUGGACAGUUACAACUAUAAUGUCUUAAGUUAAGAUUCCCCUUUCAUCCAGUCCUGAGCAAUACUGUGUUGCAGAGUGAGAUUGUGGGUUCCAGCCAUGAGGGAGGGAAGCCAUGACACUAGAGGCUCCUGUCUAACAUUAUAACAGUGGUAGUUGAGGCUUCCUUUGUGUGUGUGAUGUGAUAGCAGUUGGCUCCCAUACUCUCAGCAUUGUCUCCGCUUCGUGCAGGGGAGAAUUAUUCCUUUUCCCUGUUGUUUGUCUUGUUUUUCACCAAGAAUCAAAAUGUUCCCUUUGCCCACCCCCCCUUACACCAUUUUAAAACCAACAGAAAAUUAAAUGUCUUUUGGCCUCCUCAGCACUCGGCACAGAAGUCAUAAUCAGCCUCUUAGUAGGACCCUCUGUAGUCCAUAGCAAUGCACUAAUUAAUGCCUCUUGGAUAGAGAAAGAUUAUCCCCCUUAUUUGAGUUUCAGCCUUGAACUUCUUUAAGCUUCAGUUUUAUCAUUUGUAAAAUGAGCACACACACACUUACCCUUUCUACCUCAUGGUUUGUUGUGGGAAUUUAGUAUGGGGGAGAACCUUUAAAACCUAUUAUUGCCUUGAAGAAGGUGUAAGGAGUUAUUAUAUUCUUGGUUGAUCAGGCUUUGGGGUAUACAGAAUACCUCAUGUCCUGGAAGCUGAGUUUUUCAUGCCUGCCUAGCAAAGCCAGUGUUGCUUACCAAAGUCCACACUCUGGCUCCUGUCCUGUCUUUGACAUGAUACUCUUGAUUAGAAGAGUUCUGUCACCCGGUGUCUUGAGAGAAUUGUGUACAUUUGGAUUAAAGAUUGUACCCUGAUAGACCUGUCUUGCUGUGGCCUUGAUGUGCAAAAAUUCUUUCUACCUACACUUGAGUAGGUGGCGUGAACUGUACUGUCACUAUACAGAAGCCGUGGCUUUCUUCAUAUUUCUAAUCAGGUGGUCAUUGUCAGCAGGAAUAGCAAAUGAGGUUUCAUAAAGUAGGAGAAAAAGGCAAUUAAAGUAACUCAGAAGUGACCAGCUCACUAAAUGAGGACUGAGGGGUCUGUUUUCAUAUAUUCUGCCUGGUUUUUAUAAGUACCGCUAGGUUAAUAGCUCUGUAUCUUUUUGGUGUUUGCACUAUGUAAUGCUUUCAAUGCCUUUUGAUUUUAUUGUGUUUUUGGCUUUUUUUCAUAUGUAUAUAUUAAAAUAUUUUCACUUUCA